UCAUUCGUAGUGUCAGUUGGAAUUUACGCGCGAGUGACUGAAGUCGCGUCUUCCAUAUGAUCACCACGUUUUGACAACUGGCACGAAUGUUCAAGAGCGCUAUGAACAUCCUUAAUUUUGUGCUCCGAACAUAUGGAGCUGUGAAAUGCGAUCCCUGACGAUCGAGUUCUCCGCUCGACAUUUGAGGAAACUUGGACUCUCUAAGUUAUGCAUCUUACAGAAGGAACAAAAAGUUAUUUUCAACCAAGAAAAGAAUGUCUUGAAUUGGGAAAAGACAAGACUUACAGAUUGAAAGCUACAGAGGAUAGUGGAGAUGAAGAGUCUCAGUCAAAGGAUAAUCAAAAAAUAGAGAAGAGUUCAUUACCUCCAAUAGAGAUAAGUCCAAACGAACACAAAUUACAAUACGCUUAUGCGCUAUGGUACAGCCGGCGUAGUCCUGGCAAACAGACAAGCAUACAGAGUUACGAUCAGAAUUUAAAACUGGUCGGUAGGUUCGCAAGCGUAGAACAAUUCUGGGGUCUUUACAGUCAUUUAGUACGACCAUCAGAUCUCACAACACAUACAGACUUCCAUCUUUUCAAAGUUGGUAUAAAGCCCAUGUGGGAGGACGAAGCAAAUCAAAAAGGUGGCAAAUGGAUAGUGAGAUUACGAAAGGGUUUAGUAUCUAGAUGUUGGGAAAAUCUUAUAUUGGCAAUUUUAGGUGAGCAAUUUAUGGUAGGAGAAGAAAUAUGUGGCGCUGUUGUAUCUAUACGAUUUCAGGAGGACAUAAUAUGUGUGUGGAACAAGACAGCAUCGGAUGUAGCGACGACAGCGAGAAUUAGAGAUACUUUAAGAAGAGUAUUACAUCUUCCAGCUAGUGCCUCCAUGGAAUAUAAAACCCACAAUGAGAGUUUAAAAAACGUACAUCGACUUUAAAAUUGUAUAAUUUUGAGAACAAGACAUAUUACGACAUUUAACAGGCAUUGUCAGACUUACAGGAGAUUACACAUCUGACGGAAAGUAUUUCGUACUUCCCAAGAGAUUAUACAUCUGACGAAAAAAGUUGGAAAAUAUCCAUUCGAUGAUACUUUAUUCACAAGUGUCUGUGUUGUAACUUAUGUAAAUAAUGAAUAUAUAUUGAUAAUAAAUAAAAAUAUCCUUAUUUCCAAUAUGUUUAAUAUGAGAAAAGAAUUUGUGAUUAUUUUAUUCUGUAAGUCUAAUAUUCUAUUUCUGUUCAAUUCUGCGAAAACACAAGAUUUUCUAAAUAUUGUUUCUUUUAAAGUUAAUUUUAUAUUUUAUGCAAUAUGCAUGAAAUCAAAAGAUACAAAUUUGUUUUAUUUCUUGAUCUCAAGUAUCUUAUGUAAAUAAGCUUAAUGAGAUUGUUUUUAUUACAAUUUUUAUUUAUUACGGAUUAAUUUCAUUGUUAUGCAAUAGUUUGACUUGUAUACAAGUUGUGAGAGAAAAUAGAGAAUUGCAUAUUGUUGCAGAUGUUUUUAAUUAUUACAAUCCAAUCCACUUUUAUAUACAGGAAGACUUAUCUAGCUGUACAUGAGAUCAUGGCAAUCAGAAUAUAUAAAAUGUGUCAUUAUACAAACGGUGAAAUAUAUCACUAAAAUUUUGUAUAUACAAUAUAAAGAUGCAAAAUUAGAUACGCUAAACGAAGCGAACAUGACAGCAUGUAUAUAUUAAGUUAUUACAUAAUAUAUUAACUAUACAUUAUGUUAUAGUUAUGUUAUUUAUAAAGAACAUUGUGUUAUAAAGAACAUAUACAAUUUAUCUUCAAUAUUUGUACAGAAAUAUGUAGUUUAAAUAAUAAAAUUACAUUAUUUUUCCAGUAGGCCCUGGAAAUGUCAGUUCACGAAC